AUGGGAGAGACCGGGGGGGUUUGGCGGAGAUCCAGGAGUCCAGCCAAGGAAUGUAGUGAAAAAAGCCGUCAGUGUAAGCAGAUCCAUUCCAUCCGAAAGGGCUCCAGCACCCACCGCAGAGCCAGGGACCCAUGACAGAGGCGGCCGGCACGACCAGGACGGAUGUGCGGUUGGGGCCCGGAGCUUGUAUCGCAGGUUACAGAAGAAGCUCCGGGCGGCUCCAUCCCUGAAGUGACUGACCAGGGAGCAGGAUGCUGACCAUCAAGCUGCCCCAGCUCCUCAACAUCCACCAGAUGCCUCGGGUGUUCUGGGAGGAUGGGAUCAUGUCGGGGUAUCGGCACCCCAAGAGUUCUGCUCUGGACUGUCUGCUCAGCUCCUUUCAGAUGACCAAUGAGACUAUCAAUAUCUGGACCCAUUUUCUACCAACAUGGUAUUUCCUCUGGAGGUUCCUGCUCCUCUCUUACACUCUGGACUUCCUGGGGGAGUCGUAUAAUUGGCCGCUCUUAGUCUACAUGAUGCUCGUCUGUCUCUACCCCUUCACCUCCAGCUUUGCCCACACCUUCAGCAGCAUGUCUGCCCGUGCCCGGCACGUCUGCUACUUUCUGGACUACGGAGCCUUAAGUCUUUACAGUCUGGGCUGCGCCUUCACAUACGGCGCCUACGUUGUUCCCGAUCGCUGGAUAAAUGGCGUCCUCCACCAAUACUACGUCCCCAUCGCUGCAUUUAACACUUUCAUCUGCACCGGCCUGUCCUGCUACUCGCGGUUCCUGGAGGUGGAUCGCCCGGCGCUCAGUAAGAUCCUGCGCACAGCCGCCUUCGUUCACCCUUUCGUGUUUGACAACGUCCCUCUGUUCUAUCGGCUCCUGUUUUGCUUUGGUGAAGAUUGUAACUGGAACGAGGCCGUCCCCCUCCAUCUCUACCAUCUCUUCUUUGCCUUCCUGACCGGGUUCCUCUUCGCCUCUCACCUUCCGGAACGCCUGGCCCCCGGCCGUUUCGACUACUUUGGUCACAGCCACCAGCUCUUCCACGUUUGUGCCGUCCUGGGCACGCACUUCCAGAUGGAGGCCGUCCUCGCCGACAGAUCAUCUCGCCAAGCUUGGCUCAGUUUACAUUCAGAAGCCGACACACUCGCCAGCACCUUGGGGGUCGUGGCCACUUCGGUUAUCGGAAACAUCUUUCUCAUCUGCUUCUUCACCGCGACGCUGCUCUGGUCUCCACGUGCCGACUCUAUUCUCCAGAAUCACAUCCCAGGGGAGGCCAGAAUGAAGCAACAUUGACCAUGCAGCCCUAUGUAAGGACAUAGAAGGACUAGUAGAAAGGCAGGUAUAUGUCUCAGCAUUAAUAGCCAUAUUGGGGAGUCCUCAAUCCUUACUCUAGGUCUUAUCAGUGGUGCCAAGCAUUUCACCAGCUCAUCUCAACCGAUGGGCUGAGACUUGAAAUGUAUUUUUGCAAAAAAAAAAUAUAUAUAUAUAUAUAAAUAUAUAUAUAUAUCUAUACUAAGGAAUAUAUAAAAGGAAAUUAACAGCAGCACAAUGUACAUAACAUAGUGAGUGGUUAUCAACCUCCGUUCCUUAUAUCUUGUGGAAGUGUACGGUCCAUUUUGCUUGAUCAUGUAGGUUAUGUUGCUGAUGUAGUCGUCUUAAAGGGUUACUCCGCUCCCCAGCAUAGAUGCGCCCCCUCCCAUAGACUUGCAUUGACGGGGCAGGGUGUGACGUCACGAGGGGGUGGGCGUGAACACGGAAGCCCGCACCCAGCAUUCAGAGCAUUGAGUUCCGGAUGCUGAGGAGCGGAGUAACCCUUUAAGAUUUGACCACGGGAAUUAACAUUGAGGACUCGUCCGGGACCUUUAAACAUUGGGGGCUCGUCCGGGAUCUUUAAACAUUGGGGUCCUUUUCGGGUCUUUAAACAUUGGGGGCUCGUCCGGGAUUCUAAAACUUUGGGAGUUGAUAUGGAAUUCUUAAGAAUUUACGGCUCAUCUGGGAUCUUGAAACAUUGACUGCUCGUCCAGGCUCUUUAAACUAGUGCAUUUGGGAUCUUCAUACAUUGUGUUCUAAUCUGGAUCUUUCAACAAUGGGGGCUCAUCUCGGGCCCUAAAAUAUUGCAGUCCCAUCCAGGAUCUUUAAAUAUUGGGGCUUGUCUGGGAUCCUUAACCCCUUAAGGACUCAGGGUUUUUCCGUUUUUGCACUUUCGUUUUUUCCUCCUUACCUUUUAAAAAUCAUAACCCUUUCAAUUUUCCACCUAAAAAUCCAUAUUAUUGCUUAUUUUUUGCGUCGCCAAUUUUACUUUGCAGUGACAUUAGUCAUUUUACCCAAAAAUGCACGGCGAAACGGAAAAAAAAAUCAUUGUGCGACAAAAUCGAAAAAAAACCCGCCAUUUUGUAACUUUUGGGGGCUUCCGUUUCUACGCAGUGCAUAUUUCGGUAAAAAUUACACCUUAUCAUUAUUCUGUAGGUCCAUACGGUUAAAAUGAUCCCCUACUUAUAUAGGUUGGAUUUUGUCGCACUUCUGGAAAAAAUCAUAACUACAUGCAGGAAAAUUUAUACGUUUAAAAAUGUCAUCUUCUGACCCCUAUAACUUUUUAAAUUUUCCACGUACAGGGCGGUAUGAGGACUCAUUUUUUGCGCAGUGAUCUGAAGUUUUUAUCGGUAUGAUUUUUGUUUUGAUCGCACUUUUUGAUCACUUUUUAUUCAUUUUUUUAAUGGUAUAAAAAGUGAUCAAAAUACGCUUUUUUGGACUUUGGAAUUUUUUUGCGCGUACGCCAUUGACCGUGUGGUUUAAUUAAUUAUAUAUUUUUAUAGUUCGGACAUUUACGCACGCGGCGAUACCACAUAUGUUUAUUAAUUUUUUUUUUUACACUGUUAUUUUUUUUAUGGGAAAAGGGGGGUGAUUCAAACUUUUAUUAGGGAAGGGGUUAAAUGACCUUUAUUAACACUUUUUUUUUACAUUUUUUUUUUGCAGUGUUAUAGGUCCCUUAGGGACCUAUAACACUGCACACACUGAUCUCUAAUGCUGAUCACUGGCGUGCAUUAACACGCCUGUGAUCAGCAUUAUCGGCGCUUGACUGCUCCUGCCUGGAUCUCAGGCACGGAGCAGUCAUUCGUCGAUCGAAGGAGGCAGGUAAGGGCCCUCCCGGUGUCCGGUCAGCUGUUCGGGACGCCGCGAUUUCACCGCGGCGGUCCCGAACAGCCCGACUGAGCAGCCGGGUCACUUUCAGUUUCACUUUAAAAACGGUGGUCAGCUUUGACCGCCGCUUCUAAAGGGUUAAUACCGCACAUCGCCGCGAUCGGCGAUGUGUGGUAUUAGCCGCGGGUCCCGGCCAUUGAUGAGCGCCGGGACCGAUGCGAUAUGAUGCAGGAUCGCGGCGCGAUCCCGCUUCAUAUCGCGGGAGUUGGCGCAGGACAUAAAUAUACGUCCUGCGUCGUUAAGGGGUUAAAGGGGUACUCCGGUGGAAAACUAUUAUUUUUUUUUUUUUUUUUAAUCAACUAGUGCCAAAAAGUUAAACAGAUUUGUAAAUUACUUAUAUUUAAAAAUCUUACCAUUCCAGUACUUAUCAGCUGCUGUAUACUACAGAGGAAGUUGUAAAGUUUUUUUCUCUCUGACCACCGAGCUCUCUGCAGUCACCUCUGUCUGUGUCAGGAACUGUCCAGAGCAGGAACAUUUCCCCUAGGGAACCUCUCCUGCUCUGGACAGUUCCUGAUAUGGACAGAGGUAUCAGCAGAGAACACUGUGGUCAGGAAAGACCUAUUCACCUUCCUCUGUAGUAUACAGCAGCUCAUAAGUACUGGAAGGAUUAUAAUUUUUCUAUAGAAGUAAUUUAUAAAUCUGUAAAUUUUUCUGGCACCAGUUGAUUAGAAAAAAUGUGUAACUCCACCGGUGUACCCCUUUAAAGAUUGCGGUCUUGUCAGGGAUCUUAAAACAUUGAAGGCUUUUCCAGGAUUCUUAAACAUUGGGGGAUUAUAUGGGAUGUUUAAACAUUGGGGGCUCGUCUGGGAUCUUUAAACUGGCUCAUUUUGGGUCUUUAUACAUUGUGCUCUAAUCCUGGAUCUUUAAACAUUGGGGGCUCAUCUGGGAUUCUUAAGAAUUAACAGCUCAUCUGAGAUAUAUAAACAUUGGGGACUCCUCUGAGAUUUUUAAACAUUGAGGGGCUCAUCUGGGAUUCUUAGGAAUUAACAGCUCAUCUGAGAUAAACAUUGGGGCUCGUCCAGGAUUUUUAAACAUUGGGGGCUUGUCCGGGAUUUUUAAACAUUGGGGGCUCAUCUGGGAUUUUUAAACAUUGGGGGCUCGCCCAGGAUUUUUAAAUAUUGGGGGCUCGUCCGGGAUUUUUAAACAUUGGGGGCUCGUCCGGGAUUUUUAAACAUUGGGAGUUCGUCCGGGAUUUUUAAACAUUUGGGGCUCGUCCGGGAUUUUUAAACAUUGGGAGUUCGUCCGGGAUUUUUAAACAUUGGGGGCUCAUCUGGGAUUUUUAAACAUUGGGGGCUCAUCUGGGAUUUUUAAACAUUGGGGGCUCAUCGGGAAUUUUUAAACAUUGGGGGCUCAUCGGGAAUUUUUAAACAUUGGGGGCUCAUCGGGAAUUUUUAAACAUUGGGGGCUCAUCGGGAAUUUUUAAAUAUUGGGGGCUCAUCUGGGAUUCUUAAGAAUUAACAGCUCAUCUGAGAUAUAUAAACAUUGGGAGCUCGUCCGGGAUUCUUAGGAAUUAACAGCUCAUCUGAGAUAUCUAAACAUUGGGGACUCCUCCGGGAUUUUUAAACAUUGGGGCUUGUCCGGGAUUUUUAAACAUUGGGGCUUGUCCGGGAUUUGUAAACAUUGGGGGCUCAUCUGGGAUUCUUAAGAAUUAACAGCUCAUCGGAGAUAAACAUUGGGGGCUCAUCCAGGAUUUUUAAACAUUGGGGGCUCGUCCGGGAUUUGUAAACAUUGGGGGCUCAUCUGGGAUUCUUAAGAAUUAACAGCUCAUCGGAGAUAAACAUUGGGGCUCGUCCAGGAUUUUUAAACAUUGGGGGCUCGUCCGGGAUUCUUAAGAAUUAACAGCUCAUCUGAGAUAUAUAAACAUUGGGGGCUCGUCCGGGAUCUUUUAUCUAAAACAGACAAUAUAGCAUAAACUCAGGCAACUAGAAAAAGCUGUUGUAUUCCUUGCAUCCUUACUGAUCCCAACACGGUAUUUUAGAUUGCCGGGUGUUUCCUGGUGCACAACCUUCAAAAUAAAUAAGUAGUGACUAGUACAUGUACAUAACAGGAUAUUGAAUAUUAAAUGCUUUUUGAUUGUAAUUUUAGAAGCACUUUAGCUAGUUGGUUAAUGCCUGUCCUGGGCUUUCUGGGAAAUUUUCUUUUAAUAAAUCCCCAAAAGAGCUGGAGGAAUUAGUGCAGGAACAUGGAAUGUUUAAUAUAAAUGUGGGAAAAGGACUGCGUGUUCUGAUGGGCGGAUCGGUCCUGGUGCCGAUUUGGUUAAACUCCUUCACUUAGUGGGGGGGGUAUUGUCAGGAGUUUUGUACAAGUAGAUAGGUUAUUUUGCAUGUGAGUUUUAGGGUCGAAUUGUUUUGAAGAAGGAUUUGAGUAAACAUGAAAUUUGAUUGGAAGGAUUUUUGGGUUUAUAUUGGGGUUUUCCAAGAAAUUAAUAUAUAGUACUAGGGGCAAUAGACAUUAUACAGUAUAAUUCUAAAUAUCCAGCUGCUACGCUGAGUCAAUUCAUACUUCGAAGCAUUGGCUAAAGCAGUGUUUUUCAACCAGGGUGCCUCCAGUUGUUGCAAAACUACAACUCCCAGCAUGCCCGGACAGCCGUUGGCUGUCCGAGCAUGCUGGGAGUUGUAGUUUAGCAACAACUGGAGGCUCCGUGGCCGGAAAACACUGGAGUAGAGGCGCACUCUCUGCCUAACGUGACCACAAGAGAUCUAUCUGGUAGCAACUGCUCUGGCGCCAUCUUGUACUUGAAGGGCAGUUUUACCAUUUUGGUUUGUCUUAAGGUAGGUUGCUAUGUAUGAUGGGACUGAGCAUAGCCCUAUACUUCCUUCACCUGCAUGGAGAUCUACAGCUUUCUAUGUAAGUGUCUUAUUACUUGAUGCUGCUAUUAAUUUCAUAACAUUCAAUUUUCAUAAAUCUUUUUUGAAUCUGCUGCUUUUUACUUAGAACAGAUUGUUCAAUAGUUAAAAAAAAAAAAAAAAAAAAAAGACUUAACGAGAGAUGAGCGAAUUUACGGUACGAAUCGCCGAGUACAAAUCUCAAGCUUCGGCAGUCAAUUAGUUUUGUCUAGGAAAAGCAGUUCCGCUUUCAAUUCCCUGCAAAUAUUUGGUGCAACUUGUUUUUAAGCGAAUUGGAGCACUCGAAAGGCGGAACUACUUUUUCUAGACAAAAGAAAUCGAUAUUCGUAUUCAUACUGAGAUGAAUACUGUCUUAGGGAAUCGAAGGAGACUCAGUCAGCGGAACUACUUUUUCAAGUAAAAACUAAUCAAUAUUCGCAUUCAUACUUAAA